AUGACGAUACGAUUCUUCAUAGCUCCAGCAAAUUGCCUCUUCAUCCAGGCAGUAUUCGGAGACAAGUUGGUUACGUCAUUUCUUUUCGAAGCAGACUACACGGACGAGCCGCGGCUACCCAGUCCGGAGCAGCUCAAAUACAAGGUGCUUAUAAAGAAUAAAAAAUUGACCCCAAUUGAGGCUAGUCCCACUGUUGGGCUAACCGGAGCAAGCUCAGCACAAGGCUAUGGAGGAGUGCUGGCCAGCGCCUUUCGGUCCAAUGGUAUCAGACAAACGUCAGCAUCACUGCCGGAGCAGAGCAACCGUACCAGUUCCAUCAUGUCCAACCAGUCUGCAGGCAGCUCCCUCACAGAGUACUUCUCCGAUGAGGACUAUGAUGAAGAUGAUGAAGAGUUAGACGAAAAGGAACUUCACAAGAUCUUGAACUCCAUGGAGGACAAAUGCGGUCGGACGUCUCUUUCCUUCUACCAAAGCUUUCGAAGGAGUGAGGGGGACAGCGAGACAGUAUCGGGUAGCGUGAAACAGGCGAACACCAGGAAAAGGAACAACCAGAUCGCGAGGGAGCUCAGCGACAUGGUGACUUAUGUACAGGCAAUAAAGUUCCGCGGCCUCAAUCCUCUAUCGCCGCGCAGCAGCGUGCGGCAGGCGCAGACGGGCGCGGCGACGCGGGACAGCGCGCCCUGCAGCAGCUUCGAGUCUUCGGAGAGCAGCGACAGUGCUGGCACCCAAAUCGCCCAGCAGUCCCAGGGCUCCACGAGAGGGCGAUGUUUGAACGUGCCAGCGGUCCAUCAUCCUUGCUACCGCUGUUCUUCAGUUAACGAAGCGAUAGGCAAGAAAAUAUGCAGGAAACACCCCAGGGCUUUGAUAGCCCAUACUGAAACACAACUUGUUAGAACUUACCCCGCCGGCCUAAGGAUAGACUCGUCCAACUUCGACCCGGUAGUAUUCUGGUCCUGCGGGGUCCAAUUAGUGGCCUUAAACUACCAGACGGAAGACGCGGCGAUGGCGGUUAACGCCGCCAUGUUUGAGGACAAUGGAUGCGUCGGAUAUGUGCGCAAACCACCGGUGAUGUGGGACCUGACACAUAUAGCUUAUAGACGAUUCAACCCAAUGGACAAAGAAUUCGACGGUAUACACGCUGCUCAUCUGACUCUGGCUGUGAUUUCGGGACAAUAUGUGGCAGAGAAUGUUUAUUCUUUCUACAACGCUUUUGUCGAAGUGGAGAUACUAGGAGUACCGGCUGAUUGUAAGAAGAUAAGAACGAAAGUCGCGAGAAGAAACGCUCUAAAUCCAAUUUGGAAUGAGACAUUUAAUUUCAAGAUAAACUUUCCAGAGCUCGCAUUUGUUAGAUUCGAAGUAUACGACGCAGACACUAACUACAUGCUGUCGCAGAGAGUGAUUCCUCUACAAUGUCUCAGGCCUGGCUACAGACAUGUGCGAUUGAGGUCUCCAACGAAUCAACCUCUAAACAUGGCUUCCCUACUCAUCUUCUCCCGCUGCUGCGAAGAAUUGGCGGGAGAGUCUUGCCGUGGAGACCUGGAGCCAGCUUCACCUCUGGACAGAAGGAAGAUACACUUCCUAGUCGUGUACGCUGUGGCCAGACACGAACCUUACUCCAUAUUGAAGGUCACCCAGGACACGACGGCUAACGAGGCCAUAGCGCAGUGCCUUACCAAGGUCGGGGUCUGCCGCUCAUCCCGGGGCAGUUAUGUGCUGGUGGAAGAGUUACAGUCGCGGACCCCGACGCAACGAGUGUUGGCCCCACAUGAACGGGUCCUAAGGGCGGCUACAGCUCGGCCCGGGGCGAGAUUACUACUGAAACGGGUCGGAGACGACCCGAGUAGUCGCGCCUGGCUCACUAGUAUAAGGUCAGCCUCAACCGACAGGUCACGCGACCGCUCAGUGCCUUCAGACGAGGAGUCCAGCACGCAGGACGACGAGCCCCGGCGCCCGCCCGACAGCUUCCUGGUGUGCGUGCACAACGUGUCGCACGAGAUCCCGUACGCUAUCCUGAAGGUACCUCUUAGCGCCACAGCAUCAUACGUCGUAUACCAAGCCCUGACGAAGGCGAGAUGUCAAGAUGACCCGAAAAGAUUUGUAUUGGUAGAAGAAUUGGAGUGGGGAGGGCGAGCUGGCACCGGACCUCAACAGAGGGCGCUGGCGGAUGACGAAGUUGUUUAUACUGCUCAGGCAGGCUGGAAGACUCUGGGCCGGUUCGUCCUUCAAGAGAAAGGCAGCUCUGUUCCCGUGCCGAGGCACCGCGCCGCCAUAGCCAGGAUACAGCGGGGACUUAGCAUGACACGGGGGGCUAUCACAGGUGGUUCGCCAUUCCCUCUAGGCGGUUUCAGUUGUGAAAAUCCUGAAGGGAAACCACCAGUGCAACCGCCAUACACCGACCCCCUACAAAGCAGAAGAAUGUCGUCAACUCCAUUGGGUAAAGGAAUUGGACGAGCGAAAGGACACUCUGACAAGGACAUGAGGGCUUACAUGCAGAAAAGAACAGCAGCAAGAGAGGUGCAUUCCGAAGGCGAGGCGACUACUGGGAUGGGUGGGUCUUUGGGGGCGGAAGCUUUAGCAGCUCAAGUGGCUCGCUUCAAGAGAGUUUUCCGCCGGCUAGGCAACAGAUUAGCCAACCACCGGGCCUCUCUCUCAUCAGAGCUAGGCUCCUUAUGGGAUUUCAUCAGAAUAGACAAGGACAGAAGACGAUCCGCCCCCGCUGGCACCGAUACCUACGAACCCAUCCAUUCCGACUCCAGAUCCCCCGUAAGAUUAGCCAGAGACCUCCUCCAAGUCGUGCAAGAAACUGUCUUGAGAAGAUUCGAUGAAACACCCAAAAGGUGUCCUCUAGUCAAAGAAGAAUCGGACUUAACCAGCUCAGAUGAUGAAGAAGGCGACAAAAGAAUAGCCAACCUCAUAGACUUCUUCUUCACAAUAGUCAAAAGCCAGAAGGAUGAGAGGAAAGGCAGCGGUGGUAGUUGUUUCAGAAGAGACAGCAGUCCGACGGAAAACAAACUGGAAACUUACGUACCUACCAAAGUUAAUACGGAACUGGAACAGAAAAUGGAGACUCUUAUCGAAUUCCUAGCUUCAUCCGGGUGUAUGGAUAAAGAGGAGAAUUCGUGUAAAGAAGACAAGAAGAUAACUCUGAUGGAGUUCCUCUUCGGUCCAGAGGAAGGAAAGUGGAUAGAAAAACCUGUAAUUGAAAUCAGGACUGAAUCUGACUUCAAUAAGGGCAUCAGCCUUUCCGAAUCAAAUAUCAAUGUCAAAGACUUGUCUUACAUUGACGAGACACCCGAUGAAGAAGGCAAUGAAACCCUAGUCGAGAUGCUUAUAAAAUACAUGGAACACUACGGGAGUAAAGACAAAGCAUUGCAAUAUAAAUCUAUGUCUGUCACUCCGUCAUUAUCGGAGAAAUCCAAGUCAGAUGUGACUAUCAGUAAAUUGGAAACGUUCAGCGAUAUGAAUAAAACGAAAUCAGAUUCGACCUUAACGCAUACUCAAGACACUGUAAUAGAAAGAGGCGAUGACAGGUCCGAUAAGUCUUACAGUAGAAGAAUUUCUGAAACCGUAGUUGACUUGAGUCAUGUAAAAGACGAUUUGGAAGAUAUAUUCGAUGAGGCACUGGACAAAGUGUAUGCUAUACACAACAUAGUGAGAGAAGACGAUACAAUGACCGACCAAGAAGACAUGGAGAACUUCACAGCGUAUACUAAACCACCUAUUUUGCAAUACAUCCAGUAUUUGCCGUUCAGCGUUGAAUUAUCUGAUAUCAUGGAGGAAGACGAACCAUCUUCUAGAGGAUUGGAAAGGAAGAUGUCAAGUGACGAAAGAUUAGCGAAUGCCAGACAGUGUGCUGAAGAGUUACUUAAGUACAUAGAAAUGAAAAUCGAAGAGCAUUUCGAUGAUGAAAUAUCAUCGGAAGACAGUAGAGAGUUCGAUAUCAGUUCUAGUUUGAAGAGAUCGUCUAUUAGUUUAAUUGAUCUGAGGAACAUACCCGAUUUACCGCCUAGUAUGAUGCUAAAGCCUAAAGUAAUCAAAAUAGAUCGAUCUACAUCAACAACAGAAAUAUCAGACUCAAUAUCGGACUUAUCAAGAAGGAUAGACUCCGCUUGCAUGACUGAAGAUACAACAUUAUCAUCGAGCUCCGAAAGGAACGAGAGAGCUCUAGAAAAAAUCGAAUCUUUGCACAAGUUCUUUUCGAAGUCGCGUCUGGAAAUUAUAGAUGAAAUCUUCGAAGAUAACGGUGAAAGACUUAGAAGUCCAAAAAAGUGUAAAAAUAUUGAGGUGAGUUGCACAGAAAAUGACCAAAAAGCCGGUCAAGCUAGCUUGGACGAUGUCGAAGAUUUGCAAGAUGAUAACGAUGCAGUUAAACAUGAAAACGAUUCUAAACUUAACGAGACUCACGUGGGAAUACAAGAAAUGGAAACAGAUGAACUAAAAUACGAACAAGUAGAGGAAAUGGAAUGUGGUAGCGAUAAUAUUUCCCACGAAAACUACGAGUAUUAA